AUGGCAUCGACUUACGAUGUCGGCACGAGAGCGUGGCAGCCCGAUGCUGCCGAGGGCUGGGUAGCCUCCGAGCUCAUCAACAAGACCGUGGAUGGUGCCAAGGUUAAGCUCGAAUUCCAGCUGGAAAAUGGCGAGACCAAGAUCAUCCAAGUCUCCGUUGAGGGGCUCCAGAGUGGCUCCGAUCCCGCUCUGCCUCCUCUGAUGAACCCGACUAUACUCGAAGCCAGUGACGAUCUUACAAACCUUUCCCAUCUUAAUGAGCCAGCUGUUCUGCAAGCGAUCCGGUUACGAUACCUACAAAAGGAGAUCUACACAUACAGUGGUAUCGUUCUCAUUGCCACAAAUCCUUUUGCGCGAGUCGACUCCCUCUACGUCCCUGGUAUGGUACAAGUCUAUGCUGGGAAGCAAAGAGCGACCCAGGCUCCUCACUUGUUUGCCAUCGCCGAGGAGGCGUUUAUGGACAUGAUCCGAGACAAUAAGAACCAGACCGUUGUUGUGUCUGGAGAGUCUGGUGCUGGAAAGACGGUCAGUGCAAAGUACAUCAUGCGAUACUUUGCCACCAGAGAGUCUCCCGACAACCCAGGCACGCGCUCCAAGCGCGGGCAUGAAACCAUGAGCGAGACCGAGGAGCAGAUUCUCGCAACUAACCCUAUCAUGGAAGCGUUCGGUAACGCCAAGACAACCAGAAACGACAACUCGUCCCGAUUUGGAAAGUACAUCGAGAUUAUGUUUGACGACAAGACCAACAUUAUUGGCGCCAAGAUCCGAACCUACCUCCUCGAGCGUUCCCGUCUCGUUUUCCAGCCUCUCAAGGAGCGAAAUUACCACAUCUUCUACCAGCUUGUCGCCGGUGCCUCUGAUAAGGAACGCCAGGAACUCAACAUCCAGGCUAUCGAACAGUUUGAGUAUCUCAAUCAAGGAAAUUGCCCGACUAUCGACGGCGUGGAUGACAAGGCCGAGUUCGAGGACACAAAACAGUCCCUGGGAACGAUCGGUGUCCCAGAGGCCCAGCAGUCUGAGAUUUUCAAGAUAUUGGCCGGUCUUCUGCAUCUAGGAAACGUCAAGAUUACUGCAUCGCGCAAUGACAGUGUUCUUGCGCCCACUGAGCCCUCACUCAAGCAAGCCAGUGAGAUCUUGGGUGUUGACGCAACCGAGUUUUCCAAGUGGAUCGUCAAGAAGCAGCUUGUGACUCGUGGUGAGAAGAUCACAUCCAACUUGAGCCAGGCCCAGGCCAUCGUUGUCCGUGACUCCGUUGCCAAGUUUAUCUACUCGAGUCUCUUCGAUUGGCUUGUCGACAUCAUCAACGACAGUCUUGCCACCGAGGAGGUAUUGAGUCGUGUCACCUCCUUCAUCGGUGUGCUGGAUAUCUACGGUUUCGAGCAUUUCGCCAAGAAUUCGUUUGAGCAGUUCUGUAUCAACUAUGCAAAUGAGAAGCUUCAGCAGGAAUUCAACCAGCACGUCUUCAAGCUCGAGCAAGAGGAGUAUCUGAGGGAGCAGAUCGAUUGGACCUUCAUUGAUUUCUCUGACAACCAGCCCUGCAUUGAUCUCAUCGAAGGCAGGAUGGGCAUUCUCGGUCUCCUUGAUGAAGAGUCUAGACUUCCCAUGGGCUCAGAUGAGCAGUUCGUUACCAAGCUACAUCACAACUUCUCACCCGAUAAGAACAAGUUCUACAAGAAGCCGAGAUUUGGCAAGUCUGCCUUCACAGUUUGCCACUACGCCAUCGAUGUCACCUAUGAAUCCGAGGGCUUCAUCGAGAAGAACCGUGAUACUGUUCCCGACGAGCAUAUGGCUGUACUCCGUGCCACGUCCAACAGCUUCCUCAAGCAGGUCUUGGACGCCGCGUCGGCCGUCAGAGAAAAGGAUGCUGCCUCAUCGUCAUCAAAUGCUGUCAAGCCCGCUGGUGGCAGGAAGAUUGGUGUGGCCGUGAACCGAAAGCCGACUCUCGGUGGAAUCUUCCGUUCCUCCCUGAUUGAGCUGAUGAAUACCAUCAACAACACAGACGUCCACUACAUCCGAUGCAUCAAGCCAAAUGAAGCAAAAGAGGCAUGGAAAUUUGAAGGACCCAUGGUUCUCAGCCAGCUUCGUGCUUGUGGUGUCCUCGAGACUGUGCGCAUUAGUUGUGCUGGUUACCCCACUCGCUGGACCUAUGAGGAAUUUGCUCUCCGGUAUUACAUGCUCGUGCACUCCAGCCAGUGGACAUCGGAGAUUCGGGAUAUGGCUGAUGCUAUCCUGAAGAAGGCACUGGGAACGAGUACCGGUAAGGGCCUUGACAAGUACCAGCUUGGUCUUACGAAGAUUUUCUUCCGAGCUGGUAUGCUGGCCUUCUUGGAGAACCUUCGAACCACGCGUCUUAACGACUGUGCCAUUAUGAUACAGAAGAACCUGAGAGCCAAGUACUACCGUCGCCGUUACCUGGAGGCCCGUGAGGCCGUGGUCAGGACCCAGUCCGCCAUCAGGGCAUGGAAGGCGAGAAAGGAAGCUCAAGAACUGCGGACGAUUAGGGCCGCCACUACCAUCCAGCGAGUCUGGCGGGGACAGAAGCAGCGCAGGGUCUUCUUGCGCAUCCGUCAAGAUAUGGUGUUGUUUGAAUCUGCCGCUAAGGGAUACUUGCGCAGAAAGAACAUCAUGGAGACGCGACUUGGUAACGCUGCGCUUGUGAUCCAGAGAGUGUGGAGGUCUCGACAGCAGAUGCGGUCGUGGCGACAAUACCGCAAGAAGGUCAUCCUGAUCCAGAGCCUGUGGCGUGGUAAGCUUGCCCGCAAGGAUUACAAGAAGGUUCGAGAGGAGGCGCGCGACCUCAAGCAGAUCUCUUAUAAGCUUGAAAACAAGGUUGUCGAGCUCACGCAGUCCCUGGGUUCCAUGAAGGAGAAGAACAAGAACCUAGCAUCCCAGGUGGAGAACUACGAGGGGCAGAUCAAGUCCUGGAAGAACCGCCACAACGCCCUGGAAGCGCGGACCAAGGAGUUACAGACUGAAGCCAACCAGGCCGGCAUUGCCGUUGCCAGACUCCAGGCGAUGGAAGACGAGAUGAAAAAGCUUCAGGUAGCUUUUGACGAGUCCACUGCCAAUAUCAAGAGGAUGCAGGAUGAAGAGCGAGAGCUCAGAGAGUCUCUUCGCACAACCAACACAGAGCUCGAGACGGCGAGGAGGACCAGCACGCAGCACGAGAAGGACAACACGAGCCUCAGGCAAGAACUUGAGGCUCUCAGGGACGCUCUCGAGACGGCACGGAGAAAUGCACCGGUCAACGGCGAGCUGGCCAAUGGCACAUCUGCGGUUGCACCGGCCAGUGGCCUCAUCAACCUAGUUUCGUCCAAGAAACCGAAGCGCCGUAGCGCCGGCGCCGAGCCUCGCGAGCUGGACCGCUUCAGCGGUGCUUACAACCCUCGACCGGUCUCGAUGGCUGUCACCAGCACUGCUCAUCGCCAGAACUUGUCUGGAACAACCUUCAUUCCUGGUGUCGAUAACAUCGAGGUGGAGCUCGAGGGUCUCCUUGCCGAUGAGGACGGCUUGAACGAGGAAGUGACAAUGGGUCUGAUUCGGAACCUCAAGAUCCCCAACCCCAACACCACCCCACCUCCCUCUGACAAGGAGGUGCUAUUCCCUUCAUACCUCAUCAACCUGGUCACCUCAGAGAUGUGGAACAAUGGCUUUGUUAAGGAGUCUGAGCGCUUCCUGGCAAAUGUGAUGCAGUCCAUCCAACAGGAAGUAAUGCAGCAUGAUGGUGACGAGGCCAUUAACCCCGGUGCUUUCUGGCUGUCCAACGUCCACGAGAUGCUCUCGUUUGUGUUCUUGGCGGAGGACUGGUAUGAGGCCCAGAAGUCGGACAACUAUGAGUACGACCGACUCUUGGAGAUUGUCAAGCAUGACUUGGAGAGUCUGGAGUUCAACAUCUACCACACCUGGAUGAAAGUGCUGAAGAAGAAGCUGCAGAAGAUGAUUAUCCCUGCCAUCAUCGAGUCCCAGUCACUGCCUGGCUUCGUUACCAACGAAAGCAGCCGAUUCCUGGGCAAACUCCUGCAGACAAACUCAACGCCAGCCUACAGCAUGGACAACCUGCUCAGCUUGCUUAAUAGCGUGUUCCGGGCUAUGAAGGCGUACUACCUGGAAGACUCAAUCAUCACACAGACGAUUACGGAGCUCCUGCGCCUCGUUGGUGUUACCGCCUUCAACGACCUGCUGAUGCGACGAAACUUCCUCUCUUGGAAGCGAGGCCUUCAGAUCAACUACAACAUCACGCGCAUUGAAGAAUGGUGUAAGAGCCACGACAUGCCCGAAGGCACCCUUCAACUGGAGCACUUGAUGCAAGCCACCAAGCUUCUCCAACUGAAGAAGGCUACGCUUAAUGACAUUGAGAUCAUCCAGGACAUCUGCUGGAUGCUGUCUCCCAACCAAAUUCAGAAGCUCCUGAACCAGUACCUAGUUGCCGACUACGAGCAACCGAUUAAUGGGGAGAUCAUGAAGGCGGUUGCUUCGCGCGUGACUGAGAAGAGCGAUGUGCUCCUCUUGCAAGCUGUGGACAUGGAUGAUAGCGGUCCCUACGAGAUUGCCGAGCCUAGAGUUAUCACCGCGCUCGAGACUUACACGCCCUCUUGGCUUCAAACCCCUCGAUUGAAGCGACUGGCAGAGAUCGUCUCGGCACAGGCUAUUGCUCAGCAGGAGAAGCUGGACUACACGGAUGGCGAUGACUUUGAUGAACAAGACGAAUUGCCUGGUGUGGAGGAGGUGGAAGCCGAGCAGUAA